AUGUUAGUCACGUGCCCCACUCAGCGUUAUUUUGUGAACCCAGCUGCCCUUCACAAGUGCUACACUACAAACGAAGUCGUCCUGUGUCCAAAAUCUCUUCUCCUUAAAGCUACUCAUACAGAUUGGCUUGGCAUGGCCUGGACGCCACGCUCUCGUUUGACUUUUCAACGCAAUCACAAGCGAGCGACCGAUUGUAAUGGUUUGAAACCGCUUCUACAUUUCGGAGCACGUUAUUACUUAUCGACAACUUUUCACACUAUUACUCUACACACAGCAGCUGGAACAAUAUCACGCGUCUCACUAACACCAUUGUCCAUUCUCCACGUGCCUUGUAAUAGCUCUUUUGAAGAUCAAGAAAUCGGUCUUGGUAAAUGCCCCCCAACCAUGGAAUUUUCUCUUCCUAUUUUUCAGUCGGAUCGAUUUUCCUACGUCCCUUGGCGACCUGCCACAAACGACACUACAUUUCAGUUACAUUAUACCUCGCUCACAGUUCUGCCCCCAUUGUCGUUUGACAAUAAAACCUUACACGACCUGGAUACCCUUUAUUCACAACUCGACGGCCAACUUACUGCACAGCUCCGCGACGUUCACCACAACAUCGAAAAGUUAAAACCCGCCACCACUUCGACUCUGAAUGAUGCCGUCACGUAUUUGGCCUUAUCUCUAACUUUAAUACAUUCCGUACUUUUCAUUACCUUCUUUUGUUCUCGUCGACGCUGCUUUUCGCCCACAGCACCACCUGAGCUUACACCUAUGAACUCUGUUCACACUCCGCUGCAACGCCCCGUGCGGUGUUCCCACAGUUAG